AUGGCGUUGGCAGACAGCAGCGAGACGGCAAACGAGAAGGCAGCACCGGCCACGACAGGCUCAGCACUGGCCGAAACGACCACAUCUGCCACUGACUCCGAGAAAACGACCGCUGAGAAAUCCGAAGUGGAGGAAUCAUCAACGAAAUCCUCUCAGAAAGAGGCACCGCCUCAUCCACUUCAUUGCCGCUGGGCUCUAUGGUACCUGAAGGCGGAUCGUAGUAAAGAUUGGGAAGAUUGUCUGAAGCAAGUGGCCGUGUUCGCUUCAGUCGAAGAUUUUUGGGCGUUGAUCGCGAUGCCAUAUUGCAGACUAUACAAUCAUAUUCAACCAGCAUCGGGCUUGACUUGGGGCAGUGAUUAUUACCUCUUCAAGGAGGGUAUCAAACCGAUGUGGGAAGACGAGAACAACGUGAAAGGUGGUCGUUGGCUGGUUCAAGUGGAAAAGCAGAAACGUUCACAACUGCUCGACCACUACUGGUUGGAACUUCUAAUGGCAAUCAUCGGCGAACAGUUUGAAGAACAUGGAGAGUAUAUNUGCGGUGCUGUCGUGAAUGUUCGUCAAAAAGGCGACAAAGUAUCAUUAUGGACCCGUGAUUCAUUGAAAGAUGAUGUCAACUUACGCAUCGGGCAAAUAUUGAAGGCCACACUGGAAAUACCGGACAGUGAGCCGAUUCGAUACGAAGUGCAUAAGGAUUCGUCGGUGCGUACCAGCUCGAUGGUCAAACCAAGGAUUGUGAUUCCACCGAAAGAGAGUCGAUAA